UUGUUGGUGUUGUGAAAGCGGAUGUGGACGUGGACGUGGACCGAGGCCUCGUCGGCCAUUCCACAACAAAUGUGACUUCUCAUAAGAUCGACAUGAAGUGGACAAUUGGGAUUUCUAAUGUAUCCAGAUAAAGAGAACUCGCCCACAAGAUAAGGCUGCCAUUUGUGACAGACAUAAUCUAAAGAAUAGGCCCGAUGUUUUAGUACUAUUUUCAGUGCUGAAAGUGUCCUCAUGCAUCACGUUUUCUUCAGCUCUCAUAUCAAGAUCAAAGACCGAGGGACGCAAGUUGUAUUGCCAGAGGUGCCAGUCCUCCGCUAAAUCCAUUCCCUAAAACCACUCAAGCUGGAGAAAUUGUUGGCGCUCAAAUCCUGGAGGUACCACAAGCCACCGUAGCCUGAGCUGGCCACGCGGAGAAAGAGAUCAGCUCAACAAGAGACGACAUUACAGGUUGAAGCGAGAUUCACCUGCUUCAAAAUAUGUCUUCAAGGGACGCUUCAACAACACCAACUCAACAGAGAUUCAUGAAGAGAUCCAAUUCCAGUACCUCCAUCUCUUCUACACUUAGUGGUUACGGGUCAUCUGAGCUGAGCAAGUGGAAGAAUCUCGGAUUCACCCUCAAGAACUUCACCAAGAGUACUCUCCCUCGGAUGCACUCCAUGGAGGAGCGCUCGCUCUCCGCCAACUCCAGUUUAUCCAGCAGCGGGGCUCGAUCCGUGGCGAGAGCGCUUCACAUUGCCAAUGCUCAAUCCCGACAACUCCUGCAGAAGGGUAAACCCGCGACGAAACUUCAAGCCAAGACCACAGGUGGAUUGAUCUCCUCAGUUGAGACCGAGAUCGAGUACUGGCAUGAAGCUACCGCAUCUUGGACCAAGGAAGCCUUUCUCAAGAUUAACAAGUACCAAGGAAAAGUGACUAUCAACAGCGAGUUCGAAAAGGUGCGUCUGGAGGUGGGUUCUACUUUGCGGAUUGAAUACAUCAAUCCAAUCACCCGGGAUUUCAACAUCAUCUUGGGGUGCAAUGGUGACAAAUAUCGGAUUGCAGUGUACAAUGAAUAUGAGGGGGACAAUCUGAUCUCGUCUUUGUCUAAACUUGGUGCUACAGUGAUCCAACGCCGAAAGUUGCCUCCUUGUGGAGCAAAACUCGGCCUCAGGCCGAUCAGUGAAGGACAAGCCUUGAGCUCACCUGACCCUCCAUAUUCCCCGGGAUCCCCGAACAUGCAUUUAGAAAACGGGCGAAAUCCGAUCCUGCGCAGGAAGAGCACCGGAAGCACGUCAGAACGUAGAAGCUACAACCGAUUGAAUAGCCCAAGCACGGCAGCGAUGACAUCUGUGGAGCAUUCAUCUCUGGAGGACGAGGUCUUGUUACCCCGUAGCCAUUCAAUGUGUGUGAAAGACCCUGAAGCACCGGUGAUCUUCCCUUCAAUGGGUGACAGUCAAACGAAAAAUCCUGAGAAACUGGAGACAUUCUCACGGCGACUGAAUCAUCGUCUUGAGGAUCGGAAGAAUGUCCAAUCGAGAAGUGACCAAUCGCUGAAUUCGGACGAGAUCAGUCACGAGAAUAGUAGUUGCACAAGCAGAAGUAGCUGCAACUACAGCGUGAGCUCCUCGGGAACGGGUAGCGAAACCGAGGAAGGCUUUGACGACUUUCAACCCGCGGAAGAAAUAGGUCAUUGUGUUUCGGAUGGUUUGAAAUCGAAUCCAGAGUACAUCUCCGGAUCACUCCCGAGAAAAGUCAGCUUCCCUGGAGACAAGGGUAAGAUGGAAAAAUACGAGUUUCUUUUGGUCAACAUUGAGGAUGAUCCCAAUAUCUUGGACCCGGGUCAGUUUGGUGUGUCUGGCGAGAUGCAGUCCUGUCAUUUCGACGACUACCCAGAAGAUACAUUUUCACUUGUCGAUGAAGUCGAUUUUGUAUCGGACUUGUCAUCCUCUCGAUGGAUCCGCCGGUCUAUUGAAGACUUGGACCUCGAGUUUGCGAGUACCCCUCACGAGCGGAAAAACUCUCACAAACGUGGGGUUCAAAAGAGUCAAUCUCCGACUUACUUCCACAUGCCGUCCUCUGUCGAUGAACAGAGUACGCUAUCUUUGUCCAUGGGAAACUUGACGACUGUGAUUGAGGACAACCUCUGUGAGAGCCAUAGCGGUAUUGAAACACCAGCCACCACCAAAUCAACAACCAAGAAUCACGAAAGCCAUUAUUACGGUGCCAAAGGGGCUCACCAGUCCGCCGUACGCCAUGAAGUGAUCAAUUUCCUCAACGACCGACCAGGAAUUGAGGUGUGAUGAAUAAGACUGUUCUGCGUGCAGAACGCUGCCUAAAUCAUCGAUAUGCUCAUAAAUGUGAUAUAAAAGCCAUGGAUAUUGUGGUAACCGCGAGUCCGGCUCUUCCAAUAAAAAAAAAUAUUUUGCUCCAAAUAA